AUGCUGAUUGAAUUGCUUGCAGUAGCAGGCUCAGUUGUGGGCUUUGUGGCAGUCACUCUCUCCAUUGCAUCCGGUCUGUAUUACUUGUCUGAGUUGGUAGAGGAAAAUACCGAAUUGACCAAAAGACUUUUGGGCAGACUCAUCAAGAGUACUGCAGUCUAUUUGGCACUUCUUUGGUUGUUGGAUGGCUUUCCAUUCAAAUUGACUAUAUUCUCAUUAUUUUCAUAUUUCAUUUAUUAUCAGAAUCUGAAGAAAUUCCCAAAUAUCGAAUUGACGGGGCCAGUAUUUCUUGCAACAUGUGUACUGGCGCUUUUAAAUCAUUUCCUGUGGUUCAAACAUUUCAAUAAUCCUUAUGUUCCAACAAUCGAGGAAAGGCUCAAUCCUGACUUCAAGUUGCCACAUUAUCUAUCAUUCACGGAAGUUGCAUCUUUUUUUGGAUUAUGCAUAUGGUUAAUACCCUUUGGAUUUUUUAUCUCAUUGAGCGCAAACGAAAACACAUUACCUAUGAGCCUCUCCGAGGUAGAGCCGUUGCAAUCGCAAAGCAGUGGAGAAAAUGUCAAAAGAUCAAUAACCUUAAUCAAGUACUUGCUCCAAAUAUUGACAGGUAAAGCAAAGCAGCUUUUGAACACAUUGAACUUGAGAACCUCCGGAGGGAAGAGAUCGUCCCGAAAUCCUAACGAGCUCUACAUAUGA